AUGAGGUUAUAUGUUAUUUACCUGUACCUCGUUGUUGCUCUGGCGCGGCCUACCUUAAGCAAGGACCAGGAGGACUACGUGUCGAAGGAUUCGUCUGCGCAGCAUAAGGCUGGUUUGCAAGGAACAACUCUCCAUUACUACUAUGAAAGCGAGGCAAAACUGUUUGGCCCGGCAGAGGAAAUAUUUCACAUCUCGGCUGAUGUAGAUGUGGAGUAUAUUGGAGGUGGCUUUGGAAACUACAUAGACGGAAAUGCUUCGUCCUUCCUUAUGUUUAUGCAUAAUGUUUUUGUGCAAGUGAUUAAGGGAAAUGGCACGACCUCCCAGUCCGAGGCUCCCCUGUCUGCUGACGACCUAUAUGACCAGCCUACCUGGUUUGUUCAACUGGGGAACGGAACUAUUGCCGAGGCUAGGUUUACCAAGAAAGAUUUAGGGAAUAUAAAUGUCAUGAAUUUCAAGCGCUCCAUUUUAUCGGCACUUCAAACGAAUUUGGUCCGUGACAAAGAAAAUGUCAUAGAGACAGACGUCAUGGGGACACACAAUUCGCGUUAUAGUAAUAUGGUUUCCAAGUGUUCAACAAACUGGGAAAUUUGCAAAGAAAUUUUAGAUCUUUACAUCACCGCUGGUGGCAAGGAAGUCGAGCAGACUUUGUCGGAUCUGGUAUUGUCUCACCCACUUUCAGCCGAUCAAAAACAGGAACUGGUUCAGAAGUUGUCCUUUAUUGCCAAACCCACAAAACACAUCUUAACCACAGUCAAGACACUCUGGAACACGCUAUUCUCUCAAGGCGAUCCAUCCCAAAGUCACGUCAUACUUACCCUCGGCUCCCUCGCCUCGAAGGAAACUACCAGUACUGGUUUCCGGUCAGAAUUAGUUGAUCUUCUUCGACGCCAUCUUCAAUCAGGCGACAAAAAUAACGACACGGAGCAAAUCAGUGACGCUCUUGAGGCUAUAGGUAAUUUUGGAGACAACAGACUAAUACCGGAUGUUUUGGCAAUCGCUAAUAAGGGAAAGCAGUCGGAAGAGAUAGAGAUAGGCUGUAUCCACGCUCUAAGAAGAAACUUCCACGUUAAGUCGGUUCAGAAAUGGCUAGUAGACCUACUGACUCGUCCAACAUCUACCUGUGAAUUACGUGAAGCUGCCGUGGUUACUAUCAAACGCGAACUUGCCUACAGAAAGGCACUGGAUACCAAAAAUAAGGCAUGGCCCAAUUCAGGCGUCACAGACGUAGAUGCAAUUCUUCUCAAUGCACUUGUUAUGGCAGAUGUCAAAUAUGAAUGCGCAUUGUCAGAUAUUAAGGACUAUUUCCAACUAAAAGGUGUACCAGUUGGCAAUACUUUUAAAACUUACUACACCACUAAUUCGACGCGCACCAAGAGAAGAGUUGACCAUCGUGAUUGCAGUUCUUGGAGCACCCACGGUUCACGUUAUUCAGAACUGUUAAGUUUAUGGCAGUUCUCAAGCGAUAAUUAUUUUUACCCGGACAACAAGCACUGCCUUUCCCACAUAAGUUACGGCCCAUCAAAAGCCCAUGUUUAUAUCAAGUCCGGUGUCUUUGCUGGCACAAAUAAACAACGAGGGUAUUGUAAACUGUACGGCAAGUCAAUCGCUAAACUCAAAGUCUUCUCCAAGUCGCUGACACUCGCCAGUGCAGAAGCUUAUCGUUUGAAGGUUGGCAGCAGUAGGACAAGGGUCUAUCUCAAUGUCUACGGGAAGACUGUGUCUGGACCUUAG